GAUGAAGACUCCUAUGCCCGGCGUCUGCCUCCCACGACACGUUCGCCGGGUGGUGCCACUGUUUUUGGCCGUCUUUUGCCUCGUGUUUUAUCUUUCCAUUACUGGCACGUUUGGGGAGCUCCGUGGUCUCUCGCGACCCCCUAGCAAGUGCAAAUUCUUCCCCCGCAAGAUCUGGCAGUCGUGGAAGGUCAAUCCGUUUGAAUUUGAAGAACGCGAUUUGACGGUGGCCCGUAGUUGGACGUCCACCAAUCCGGGGUACCGCUACGAGGUGCUGACCGAUCAGAAUGACCUGCAUUAUGUCGAGACGAACUUUGGGCCGGAUGGGUUUGAUCGUCCGGACAUUGUCGAUACCUAUCGCUCCUUGACUGCCAAGAUCAUCAAGGCUGAUCUCCUCCGCUAUCUUGUCAUGUAUGUGGAUGGUGGAGUGUAUGCCGACAUUGAUGUCGAAGCCCUCCGACCUCUGGAGCGGUUUAUUCCAGAACGCUUCGACGAACAAGACAUGGACCUGAUCAUCGGGGUGGAGAUUGACGAGCCUGACUUCAACGACCAUGCCAUUCUCGGGCAAAAGUCGCAGUCCUUCUGCCAGUGGACGUUCAUCAGCAAGCCCCGGCAGCCCGUAAUGAUGCGGCUGGUGGACCAUAUCCUUGAAUGGCUGCACGAUCAUUCCGUCAAGCAGGGUAAGCCCAUCUCCGAACUCGAGCUCGACUUUGACGACAUCAUCAGCGGGACGGGACCGUCAGCCUUUACGGGUGCUGUCUUAGCGGAGAUGAGUUACCGCACCGGUCAGGAGGUGACAUGGAAAACCUUCCACGACAUUCCCGAAUCCAAACUCGUCGGUGGAAUACUCGUGCUCACCGUUGAGGCAUUCGCAGCAGGCCAGGGACAUUCCGACUCGGGCAACCACAACGCCCGGUCGGCAUUGGUGAAGCAUCACUACCACGCGUCUGGCUGGCCCAACAACCACCCCCGGUAUAACCACCCGGUGUAUGGCGAGGUGGAGCAGUGCAACUGGAACAAGCAAUGUGUGGCGGAGUGGGAUGCCAACACAGCGGCGUUUGCAGCCAUGUCACCAGAGGAACAAGCCCAGCAGAUUGCCAUGAAGCAGGCAUCGGAUGCGGAGGCGGCAGAGUUGGCUGCAUUGGACGAGAUGAAUGAUCUGGAUCUGGGGCUGUCUAUCGAGUGAAAAACUAGGAGGGAAAAUAGAGAGAGUCUCAACUGGAGGACACGAGGUUAUGUCCCGGAGUCCGGUGCUGGUGGCAGUCAAGGUCUGUUACUAUGGUUUGGCGCAUGAUUUGGCU